AUGAACCCGCCGACAGCCCCCAAUCUGCGGCAGCUGCUUCCUGCGACCGGCUCUCGGCCAUCGCGACCCCCCUCGCCAACAAGAGCGCACAGGACCGUGGCAUGCGAGCCUUGCCGUGUCAAGAAAACAAAGUGCAACCGCGAGCAGCCCGCCUGCGGACGCUGCCAGAGUCUGGACCUGCACUGCGAAUACGCAAUUGGCCCUUCUGACACCAGCCGCAAAGCCGCGCUCCAGAGAAGACUUGUAGAGGUGGAGACGGAGAGGGACAGCCUACGCGACCUCCUCAAGUUGAUCCAGACGCAGCCAGAUGAUGAGGCAGCCGAGAUCUUUCGGCGCCUCAGAGUGGACCGUGACCCGCUUGGUACACUGCAGGCAAUCGAGCAAGCAAAGAUACUGCUUCCCAAUCCUGAUCCCAUGUCCCAAUUCCAGGGCUAUCCGCAGAUCGAGACGCUCGACGCAGCAAGUGCACGGCUGAGUCCGUUGAAGUUGCGCGCGAGGCCAUGGACAACAGUGGUGGGCGACGGCAUCGUGUCAGCACUCAUCUCCAAGUUCUUCAUCUGGGAUGGCGCGUAUAUGCUUCCGUUCAUUGACCGCACUUGCUUUGUCCGCGAUAUGAAAACUGGAAAUGUGCGUUCCCAGUUUUGCUCACCGUUCCUCGUCAGCGCCAUUUGCACUUUACAGCACUAUUCCGACGACGUGAGGAAGAUCAACACAGUCACGGGGCAAAAUCUGCAGGAGUCCUUCUUCCUGGAAGCCCAGCAAUACUUCCAGCUCGAAAACGACCGGGCAUCACUGACCACUGCCCAAGGCUUGCUGAUAAUGUUCAUGGCAAGCGCCUUUCUCAGCCGCGACGGGGCAGCACCCAUCUAUCGGAGCCUGGGCUACGACAUGAUUGACCGUCUUAUGAUCGAGGAAAAGAUAGCAUCCACAACAGACGAACAGGAGAAAAAGGCAUACUCCACUGCUGUGUGGGGUAUCUACUGUCUAGAAAACAUAAUCGCAAACCUGCACAACAAGCGACCAGAACGCCGUGUCCCAAACAUACCUCGUCUGUUUCAUAGGAGAAAUGCAACGUUGGGUGAUGUUCUGGAGAACGUGGACAUCCUUGGUCAGCCGUACACGAUAUCCUCGUACCGUCCUGCAUUCACGCCGGGCGUUCUCAACGCCGCGUGCGACCUAGCCAUCGUACAAAACAGCAUCAUAAACUAUAAUCUCGACGUGCAAGAGCUGAUUAUUGACGACGACCUGAGCACCCGCAGAGAACACAUACACCGCGACGUGAUCGCUUUGUUCCUUCUACGACCGCUGGACCCUGAUGUGUGUCUUAUGGGCGAGACGACAAGCCAAAUUCUUCGCGUCGCGCACUGCCAACGCAUCAUUUCCCUUGUCGAAACCCACUUCCGCGACCAGCUGGCCGGUGACUACACAAUCUUCUUCCUUGCGGGGCUGUUCCACGUCUGCCUUACGCUCAUCCCCUCGCUCGCAUCCUCCGUCAGCUCAGACCUAUUCACUCGCGCAGCUAUGCUGCUGCAUCGUACCGUCGUCGAUCUGCCCGGCAUGCGUCAGAUUCUCCGCGGUGUUCAGGCUGUGGUUUGGGGCAUGAAUAAGAGCCUUCCACAGGGGGCGAAAGCGUCGUUCGAAGGCCUCAAGGCGCCGGCAGACUCGGUAGAGGUGAACCGAGAGUGGGGUUUUCCGCAGCUCGAGUACCUGCAGAGCGAGCCUGGUGCGGCAGUGAAGGACCUGCGGGGCAUCCAGGGGAGCUUGGGGAGACUAAUUGCGAUGUGGGAGGAGGCGUAG